AUGGCAGACAGAUACUAUACCCUCGCCGAAGGGUGCCCCUUUGCGAGUAGCAGCACGGCUAUCCUGAUGCGGAAUAGACAAGGAGACAGCCUUGGAUUGCUUCAGGACACUCAGCUUAUUGAGACUCUGGCGCAUUUUUCUCGAGAAAGAAUUCCCGAGCGUGUGGUGCAUGCCAAAGCUAUUGGCGCUUACGGCGAGUUUGAAGCAACAGACGACUGUUCCGAUAUCACUUCUGCCAGUUUCCUCAACACAGCUGGAAAGAAGACCCCCGUACUCCUUCGUGUGUCUACCGUUGGGCCCGAGGCAGGCUCUGCUGAUACAUCGCGCGAUGUCCACGGAUGGGGAAUGAAGCUGUACACCGACGAGGGCAACCUAGACUGGGUCUUUAAUAACACGACCCACCUCCCUGAUGCGAAUAUGUUUUGGGACUUUCAUGUUGGCAAUCCCGAAGGUAUCCAUGAGCUGCUGCAUCUCUUCAGCGACCGCGGAACCCCCAAAUCCAUUCGCAACUUGAAUUCCUACAGUGGACAUACCUACAAGUUUACCAAAGAGGAUGGAUCUUUCAAAUACAUCAAAAUCCACAUGAAAACCCAACAGGGUGUCAAGAACUUCACUCGCGAAGAAGCAACCAAGAUAGCUGGCGAGGAUCCCGACUUUAUGAUUCGUGAUAUGUUUGACGCCAUUGAGCGAAAGGACUAUCCUGUGUGGAACGUCUACGUGCAGGUCAUGGACCUAUCUGAGGCCGAGAACUACCGGUGGAACAUUUUUGACAUGACCAAAGUUUGGCCGCAUAAGGAUUUCCCUUUGCGACAGAUUGGUAAAUUGACUUUGGAUCGCAAUCCCCGGAACUACUUCACCGACAUCGAGCAGGCGGCAUUCUCGCCGUCAAAUAUGGUGCCAGGCUUUGCAGCUUCUGGUGAUCCAGUUCUUCAAGCGCGACUGUUUGCCUAUCCAGAUGCGGCACGGUACCGCCUCGGCGUGAACUACCAGCAGCUCCCCACAAACAAAGCCAAGGUCCCGGUAUACUGCCCCUUCGAACGGGACGGCAAGAUGAGGUUCGACGACAACUACGGUGGCGAUCCCAAUUAUGUCAACUCGUCACUGAAGCCAACCAAAUUUUACCAAGAUGUCAAGGGCGUCAGCCCCCAGUCGCUCAGCCUACAUACUGAACAUGAAAAGUGGGUUGGAGAAGUGACGACCUACACUAGCCAUAUCACGGACGAGGAUUUCGUCCAGCCUGCUGCCUUGUGGGAUGUCAUUGGUCGUGAACCCGGACACCAGGAUAGACUUAUUGGGAAUUUAGCUUCUACUAUCAAAUGUGUGGAUUCUGCGAAGCUGCGUAAUGAGGUAUAUGCACUGUUCGGUGGUGUUAAUCAGGACCUCGGGGCGAGACUGAAGAAGGCCACGGAGGCAGCUAUCAAAAAAUAG